GCGCUCAUUCAACAUCCUUCCGUUGCCAAUGACAGCAGUCAGCUGAGGAUUUUGCAUUACUUGAUUCAGUGUAGCCGAAGUAGCACCGUUGUCUUCUACCCUUGACAUUGUUGGAGAAUGCCUAAAUUGGGAUAGCUGGUGUUGUGAAGACAAGUCACCAUAUUAUGAAAACCAUUUUCCUUGGAGCAGGUGGAAACAGUAGAGUGGAGCCGCUACACAAUGUACUCAGACUGGCGCUCGCUGCACCUAAUGGUGCAGAGUGACCAGGGCCACCUCAGUGUCCUUCACACGUACCCUGGAGGCGUGGGGUUGGAGGUGGCCAACGCAGUGGUCAAACCCCUGGGGACGGCCGCCAUCCCCAUGGCCACCGAGAACAUCCUCAAGACGGACAAAGAGGUGAAGUGGACCAUGGAGGUACUGUGCUAUGGCCUAACUCUUCCCCUGGAGGGGGACACGGUGAAGCUGUGUGUGGACGUAUACACAGACUGGAUGAUGGCCCUGGUGAUGCCCCGGGACUCCAUUCCACAGCCGGUGGUGAAGGAGCCCAACCUGUACGUCCAGACCAUCCUCAAACACCUCUACAACGUCUUCUUACCCAGGCCGGAGCAGUACAGUCUGAGCCACAUCCGGCUGUGCCAGCAGGUGCUGACGGCAGUACAGAAGCUGGCCAGGGAGUCCGUCUCCAUGGUGAGAGAGACCUGGGAGGUACUGCUGCUCUUCCUGCUCCGGAUCAACGACACGCUGCUGGCCCCGCCCACCAUUGGAGUGGGUGUGGCAGAGAAGCUGGCGGAGAAGCUGAUGGCAGUGCUUUUUGAGGUGUGGCUGCUGGCGUGCGCCCGCUGCUUCCCCACGCCGCCCUACUGGAAGACUGCUCAGGAGAUGCUAGCCAACUGGAGGCACCACCCACCCGUGGUGGAGCAGUGGAGCAGGGUGGCCUGCGCCCUCACCUCCAGGCUGUUGCGGUUCACCCAUGGCCCCUCGUUCCCCCCGUUUAAAGUCCCUGAUGAGGAUGCCAACCUGAUUCCAGUAGAGAUGGACAACGACUGUGUUGCGCAGACCUGGUUCCGCUUCCUCCACAUGCUGAGCAACCCCGUGGAUCUGAGCAACCCGACGUUGGUUAGCACCACGCCCAAGUUCCAGGAGCAGUUCCUCAACUCGAGCGGCAUCCCCCAUGAGGUAGUGCUGCACCCCUGCCUCAAGCAGCUUCCCCAGAUCUUCUUCAGGGCCAUGCGGGGGGUCAGCUGCCUGGUGGACGCCUUCCUGGGCAUAUCACGGCCCAGGGUCGACAGUGCCCCGCCCACACCGGUCAACAGACUGAGCAUGUCCCCUCCCUCCUCCAACAACACCACGCCCCCACACAGCCGCAAGCAGCGACACACCGUGGUCACCAAAACCGCCAGCAAGAGUUUAACGGGCAGUGCAGCCCAGCCAGCCAAAGUGUCCGUGUCCCAGCAGCUGUCGUCAUCACCCACCAUGCUGGCCAGCCCCACCCAGAGCAGUUGGGAGAUGCAGCCGCUGCCCGCCCCAGCCAGGCCUAAGGUCAACAGCAUCCUCAACCUCUUCGGUCAGUGGCUGUUUGACGCGGCGCUAGUGCACUGCAAGCUCCACAGCGGCCUCAGCCGAGACCCCAGCAUGACUGCCAUAGCCACUCAGGUGGGUCUGGAGCUGAGAAGGAAGGGAUCCCAGAUGUCCACCGACUCCAUGGUGUCAAACCCCAUGUUCGACACCAACGAGUUCCCCGAGAGCUACGAGGCGGGCCGUGCCGAGGCCUGCGGUACCCUGUGCCGCAUCUUCUGCAGUAAGAAGACUGGAGAGGACAUUCUCCCAGUCUACCUGUCCAGGUUCUACAUGGUUCUGAUCCAGGGCCUCCAGAUCUCUGACUUCAUCUGCAGGCCCGUGCUUUCCAGCAUCAUCCUCAACUCCUCCUCUCUGUUCUGCUCCGACCUGAAGGGCGUCAACGUGGUGGUCCCCUACUUCAUCUCAGCUCUGGAGACCAUUCUGCCAGACAGGGAGCUGUCUAAGUUCAAGCUGUACGUGAACCCCACUGACCUGAGGAGGGCUUCCAUCCACAUUCUACUGGCCAUGCUGCCGCUCCCACACCACUUUGGCAACGUCAAAUCCGAGGUUCUUCUGGAGGGGAAGUUCAGUGAUGAUGAUGGGGCACCCCACGACCAGUCCCUUUCCUUCCUGUCCCUGAGGCUACGUCUUGUCAACGUCCUCAUCGGAGCCCUGCAGACAGAGACAGACCCCAACAACACCCAGCUCAUUCUAGGUGCAAUGCUUAAUAUUGUUCAAGACUCUGCUCUGUUGGAGUCCAUAGGUGCACAAACUGAAACGGGCAGUGUGGAUGGGAGCCACGCGGGGCUGAAGGGCCACAGCCGCACCAGCAGUAGCUUCAGCUUUACUAGCGGGGGCAGCACUGGCACUGAGGCCACCAGCCCAGACUCGGAGCGCCCGGCCCAGGCGCUACUCCGGGACUACGAUACUGCGGCGGGCCUCCUGGUGCGCAGCAUACAUCUGGUCACCCAGAGGCUCAACUCCCAGUGGAGGUCCGACAUGAGCAUCUCAUUGGCCGCCCUGGAGCUGCUGGCUGGCCUGGCCAAGGUGAAGGCGUGUGUGGACUCUGCGGACCGUAAGCGUGCCGUCAGCUCAGUGUGUGGUUACAUCGUGUACCAAUGCAGCCGGCCGGCCCCCCUUCACUCCAGAGACCUCCACUCCAUGAUCGUAGCAGCCUUCCAGUGUCUGUGUGUGUGGCUGACCGAGCACCCAGACAUGCUGGAUGAGAAGGACUGUCUGAUGGAGGUAUUGGAAAUUGUAGAGCUGGGUAUCUCAGGCAGCAAGUCCAAACAGGAGCAGGAGGUGAGACACAAGGGAGAGAAGGAGCACAACCCCGCCUCCAUGAGGGUCAAGGAUGCAGCAGAGGCCACCCUUUCCUGUAUUAUGCAGGUCCUGGGGGCCUUCCCAUCCCCAAGCGGCCCGGCCUCUACCUGCAGCCUGCUAAACGAGGACACUCUGAUCCGCUACGCCCGGCUCAGCGCCACAGGGCCCAGCAACUUCCGCUACUUUGUCCUGGACAACUCGGUCAUCCUGGCCAUGCUGGAGCAGCCACUGGGCAAUGAGCAGAACCCCAGCCCGUCAGUGACGGUCCUAAUCCGGGGCAUGGCCGGCCGACACGCUUGGACGAUGCAACUCUUCCACCAGCCCAGAGGAGCACGGGCCAACCAGAGGCAGGUGUUUGUCCCUGAGGGCCGCCCAGCGCCUAACAAUGACGUGGGGAUUCGCUACACUGUCAAGCAGAGGCCCUUCCCUGAGGAGGUGGACAAGAUCCCCCUGGUCAAAGCCGACGUCAGCAUCCCAGACCUGGACGACAUCGUUAACAAAGAGCUGGGGAUGCAGCAUGAUAGGCUGCGCAGCAUGAUGGCCAAGCAGAUUGAGUAUGAGUGUUCCCUGGAGCGCCACAGCGAGGACGUCUGGAGUUCCAAGUCAUUCCCAGACCCCCUGACUGACUGCAAACCCCCUCUGCCCGCCCAGGAGUUCCAGACAGCCCGCCUCUUCCUCUCUCACUUCGGCUUCCUAUCUCUAGAGGCACUGAAGGAACCGGGCAACAGCCGUUUACCCCCUCACCUCAUCGGACUGGAGUCCUCAAUGCCAGGGUUCUUUGAUGACAUCGCCUACUUGGACCUGUUGCCAUGCCGACCUUUUGACACUGUCUUUGUGUUUUACGUGAGGGCGGGACAGAAAACCAGCCACGAGAUCCUGAGGAACGUGGAGACGUCGUCCAGCGUCCAGCCCCACUUCCUGGAGUUCCUGCUUUCUCUGGGCUGGCCCGUGGAUGUGGGACGGCACCCCGGCUGGACCGGACACCUGGACACCAGCUGGUCCCUUAACUCCUACAGCAGCGACAAUGACUCACAACAGAUAGAGGAGGCAGCUCCACCGGGGGACACGGGAGGUUCUGUAUUCAACGGGGAGAAGAAGGUGCUCUACUACGCUGACGCUCUGACUGAGAUCGCCUUUGUCGUUCCAUCGCUGACAGACUCCGAAGAUUCCUCGGUGCACAGUGACUCUACAGUGGAGGCGGACACACACACAGACCUCCUGCCUAGUUUACUAAAACAACCCAAGCUAACACUGGAGCUCUUCCCCAAUCACUCAGACAACCUAGCAGCUUCCCAAAGGCAGAAUUCUAUGGUGAAGACUAAGAGGUCCUCCACAGGAAAGACUGCCCCUCCCCUGGGGCCUGAGACUAAGGUGCUCGUGGUCUGGGUGGAGCGCUACGAUGACAUCGAGAACUUCCCUCUGUCUGAUCUCUUGGCGGAAACCGGUACUGGUUUGGAGGCGAACAACAGCACUUCCUGCAGGUCUGGGCUCCUGGAGAAGGACAUGCCCCUGAUCUUCAUCCACCCCCUAAGGACGGGUCUGUUCCGGGUCAGGCUCCACGGGGCCAUGGGCAAGUUCAACAUGGUCAUCCCCCUGGUGGAUGGCAUGGUGGUCAGCCGCAGAGCACUAGGGUUCCUGGUGCGCCAGACGGUCAUCAACGUGUGCCGGCGGAAGCGACUGGAGAGCGAGACUUACAGCCCGCCGCAUGUGCGGCGCAAGCAGAAGAUUGCAGACGUUGUGCACCGCUACCGCAACAAGCAGCUGGAGCCCGAGUUUUACACCUCACUCUUCCAAGACGUGGGGGAGGGGAGGCCAGUUCACCUUUGACCUCUCCCCUCCCUUUGAAAAACAAUAACAGACACACACUCUCUCUCACACACACACACACACACACACACACACACACACACACACACACACACACACACACACACACACACACACACACACACACACACACACACACACACACACACACACACACACACACACACACACACACACACACACACACACACACAGCCCCAGAUUCUCUAUAUUUAUACAGUUCUAUUUUGUUAUUUAUGUCAAACGCUGCCAUUGACGUUGAGAGCAGUGUCAAAAAAAUUGUUACCAGGUGCAAGCAGUACAUUUGUAGUACGAACACAUCUGAGCCUGUCUUUUUGGUGGCUACUAAGCCCCAGUUAAGCUCGGAACACUUGGCAUUGAAAAUAUACUGCACAUCCUUAUCAGUCUACUCUAUUCUUUGUGGCACCAGUUUCUGACGCUCUAUAAUUUGCAAUAGGAUAAUCUACUUUUGGUCUUUUUUAAAUAUUGUGAUGAAGAGUGGACAACGUUAUUGGCCUUUUAAUUCUCCAUUUUAGAGUUUCUGUUUUUAAUGAAUAUGUACCCUAAAUGUAGAUGGACCAGACUCCUAAUAUAGGGUUACUUGAUCAUUUUACAUGUAUCAUAUCGAUACAGAUGGGGAGAGGAAGGAGAGACUCUGGGAUUUGGGCCGAUACCGUGCGGGUGGUUGUGGUGAGAGAUUUGGUGAACUGCAGUUGGAUCAAGACAUUAUACGCGAUGGAUCCAUAUAUUACUUUGAAAGUGUUUACAUCUUAUCUAAAAACGAUCGUAAAAAAAAAAAAAGUAUUCUCUCAUGUAUCUGUCCAAAGUCUUCCAUGUCAUUGAGAAAAUGGAGUUGAACAUUGCAGCAAUAUUAGGCAUUGGUCUGCUUAUUUACUGAGUCUCAAAACAUGGGAAAAUAAGCAACGACAUUUAAAGGGGUACUUCACUCCCUUAUCUAAAUUCUUCUGUUUUCAUACCAGUUUUAAGGUGUAGUGGUGAACUAUCCCUUUCAUGUUGGUUAGCUACUAACUUAUAGAUUGCAUAGAUAUUGUUCUUACAAUGAAGUGGACCAGUGUUAUUUGUUCCGGCACUGAACCAUUUUGACGUGUAGGUCAUAUUGCACUGUUUGUGUGAGACUGCAGAUGUCGACAUUGCAUCUGAGGUGUUUCUGCUCUCGUCUGCAAGUCUAAUCAGAUCAGUCACUCCAUCCCACGCAACGGCAUGUCUAUACUGUAUGCGUGAUUCAACACAUGGAAGUGAUGGAAGAUGAGCAUACGGUUCUUCUCCUUUCUGCUGAUGGCACAUGGUUCUUCUCCAUUCUGAAGAAGGCACACUUUGUCAGAUGAUGUGUCUAGGCAUUGCUCUUCUUUAUCAGAAAUGCAUUUCCUUGUGUAUGGAGAAAAGUUGUUGGUCUCUUUGAAUGUGUGAGAUUGUCUCAAAAUCUAUUUUGUUUUUUGUCGCAUCUUCUAAAACAAAAUGUUACGCGAAAAUACACUUUGUUUCAUUGGAUGGCAAGUUGACUGAUAGGCUAGUUGUAUUAAGGAAAGGUCAAGUACAGUUACAUGUGAUUAGGAAUCAGAAAAUGAUUAGAAUUAACAGAUUUUCAUAUUCACUGCAAAUUAACAGUUUUAUUCCAUCUAUACAAUCGUGAGUUUACUUUGCGUAUUGCAAUUGGUUUACAGAUUUUUGUUUACUUACUGUGCUUUUAAAAGCCCUGAAGCGAACCCUUUACUGUCUGCCUGUAAUAAUGUGCAUUUAUUUAUGGCAAUGAUUGAAAAGGAUAAACCUCCAUACAUAUUUAUUUGAUCUUUAUGCACUGAGCACAUUUUUAUAUAUUUUUUUUUUAACUUUUUUUUUUUUUUACAGUGGUCUGCAGUUUGGAGAUAUACUCAAGGAAGAGUUUUAUCUUAUGAAAUGUAAAUGACGAAAAGACUUAGGGUCUAUUUUAACAAACUUAACGCAAUGGGGCGGUAGCACUAUAGGUCCAGGGGUGUGUCAGAAAUAUUUUAGCUAUUUUCACAGUGGGAAUUAUGGGUACAGUAGCUGGCGGUGGUGCGAAAAGGCUGGGUUUUGAUAAAUAAAUAAGUUCUAGAUGUGUUGAGGUGCUCCCUGGCUAAAUAUGUGGUUGCUUCAAGUUGUGUAUUUCUUUUAUUUUGUUAUCCAAUCCAAUUGGACAUGCCAGACGUUGUCAAAAAGCAACAUUCAAUUUACUAUUGAUAAGACCCCAAAAAAGACAGUGAAUAAUAUUCGUCAAAUUUGAAUAAAAACAAAACGACUUGUUUGAAAUAGGCUACAUCUAAAUCCAGUUACAGGCACCAAUUACUCCCUGUGGGCAUAUAAUAUUCAGACAAUGUAGACUAUGGAGUGUUUUACACACACACACUUUUCACAGGAGCUGGAAAAAAUUUGAAUAGAUAUUUAUUUGUCUGAAAUAGACCCCAUAGUCUACGACAUGUUUAAUCUAUCAUUUAAUUAGAUUGUCUUACUUUUUGAUGGUUUUAUGAAUGUAUGUGCUUUUGCACAUAGCCUACCUUUUUUUUGUUAAGGAACAAAAGUAUGGAAUAUUAAUUAAUCAAAGCAAUUGCAUACAAUCAAUAGCUAAUCUUAUCCUGAAUUACUUAUUUGUCGUUUGGUAAUAUUUAAGAACUUGUGUUGUACAGAAAGGAAGAAUUAUAUGUAAAAUAUAAGAAAUUGUGAGGUUUGUCUGUUGCAUUCCUCUUUUAAAAAGGCAAAAACAAAAUGUAUGUAUGUAUGCAACUGUCUGGGAGAAUCACAGUGGAAAAUGAAUGUAACCUGCAUUGAUUAAAACGUAUCUUUUCAUUUAAUCCUUUUGAUCCCCAACCUUUGUUUACAUGGUGUCUGAGGAAUAAAGUUGAAUCACACUU